CUGCCCGGCGCCAUGCUGGGCUCGCGGGGCGCCUGGGGUGCCCGGCGCCUGGCGCGGGCGUGGCUGUGGGGGUCGCCGGGCCGCUGCCCUGCCCUGGCGUGCGCGGCCGGCGCGCCCCGCCGUGGGGACCGGCACCCCCAGGCCUGGCCCCAGCACCCCCGCGGGCGGCCGCUCGGCCUGUCGGCGGCGGCGGUGGUGAACUCGGCGCCCCGGGCUCUGCAGCCGUACCUGCGCCUCAUGCGGCUGGACAGGCCGAUCGGAACCUGGCUACUGUAUCUGCCAUGUACCUGGAGCAUUGGCUUGGCAGCUGAACCAGGCUGUUUUCCAGACUGGUACAUGCUCGCCCUCUUUGGCACUGGAGCUAUUCUGAUGCGUGGAGCGGGCUGUACCAUUAACGACAUGUGGGACCGCGAAUACGAUAAAAAGGUUACAAGAACAGCAAAUCGCCCAAUAGCUGCUGGAAACAUUUCAACGUUUCAAUCCUUUGUUUUUCUUGGGGGACAGCUGACCUUGGCACUGGGUGUUCUGCUGUGUCUGAAUUACUACAGUAUAGCUCUGGGAGCAGCCUCCUUACUUCUUGUCGUCACCUACCCACUCAUGAAAAGAAUUACAUACUGGCCUCAGUUAGCCCUGGGGUUGACGUUUAACUGGGGAGCGUUGCUUGGCUGGGCUGCUGUCAGGGGUUCCUGUGAUCCGGCUGUUUGCCUGCCGCUUUAUUUCUCUGGAGUUAUGUGGACACUAAUAUAUGAUACCAUUUAUGCCCAUCAGGACAAAAGAGAUGACGCUCUGAUUGGCAUAAAGUCCACGGCUCUGCUGUUCCGUGACAACACUAAGCAGUGGCUCAGUGGCUUUGGCGUGGCCAUGCUGGGGGCGCUGGGCCUGGUGGGAGCGAACAGCGGCCAGACGGCUCCCUACUACACCGCUCUGCUCGCCGUGGGCGCCCAUCUGGCUCGCCAGAUCUACACUCUCGACAUCCACACACCUGAGGACUGUUGGAAUAAAUUUACCUCCAACCGAACAAUAGGGCUAAUACUUUUUGUAGGGAUUGUGCUCGGGAAUCUGUGGAAAGAGAAGACGGACACCACAAAGAAAAACACGGAGAGUAGUGUAGAAAAUUAGCGAAUGAAGUUUGUCUAGGAAUUAUUAAAGCAAAUUUUUACGAAGAAGAACCCAAAGAUGAAAAUUUAGAACAUUUUUGCCUAGAUUUUCAUUCAGCUAUUUGCCAGCAGAAUUCUUCCGCUGUCACUGAAACCAGGGCCUCUUCAGGCUCUGAGAUGACCUGGAAUGUUUAAGUUGACAUAUUCUUCGGUCCGUUAUAAUUGUCAUCUGAAGUUACGGGAAUUGUGUGAGUUUGGCACUUGAGAAAAUCCUGAUGUGUAUCUCAUCUCAAUGAAUGUCUCUCUGGGAAAUUGGACUCUUUUUUUUUUUUAGGGAAAAAUAAAAGCUGCUAUGGAAGGUCGGGGCUUAUCGUUCUUUAUUAUAACUUAUACUCACUGCCAAAAACUGUAAUUCAGGAAACUUCUGUUUUUUAUGUUUUAGGCAAAUAAAAAUUUGUACCUCUGUCGUUACCAACCCUAAUAGUCUGUGCCCAGGGCAGUCGAGAGAGGUGUUGGCAGGUGCUUACGAUAGUUGAAAUGACCGUAUCGCCUCGGGAAAUUGGUCCAGUGGAGGGGCCCUUGCCCUAGUCUCCAGCUUCAGAGUCACUGUGAGUUUAUAAAUAGAAAACACUCGAAAGAACAUUCUAAACUCCAGACGAUCAUUUAGCGCAAGUUUAUGGUGGAAGAGGGUGAAUUACCUUGCAAGUGCUGCCUCUCCCUCUUCCUGGACUUCAUUGCUGAACUCUCACCGUGACGCCCGUGCCAGACUGUGACGGCCCUGGUGGUCAGACCCCACCCUGCUGUCUCGCCUGACUCAGAGUCCACCCUCCAGGCUCUCUGCCAACCACAAGUCACACUCAUCCGCACCUCUCUGCCGGUCACAACUGUCCUGGCAGCGAGGGCCUGGCCUUUGGGGCGGGCGGGCCUGGCUGUGAGUCCUCCCGUGGUCCUGGCCAGCUGGAACACCUCGGGCAAGGGAUGAGCCCCCCCAGCCCCAUUCUCACUGCCCAACCCGGGCUGUCGUCAGCACUUGUUGGCAUAUGUCCAAGUGUUAUGGCUGAAUUGUGUCCUCCCAAAAUUCAUGUGUUGCAAUCCUAACCCCCCAGUACCUCAGAAUGUGACCAUGUUUGUAAAUAAGGUCUUGAAAGAGAUGAUUAAGUUAAAAUGAGGUCCUUAGUGUGGGCCUUAAUCCAAUCCAACUGGUGUCCCUGUGAGAAGAGGAAAUCUGGGCAGAGAGACACGGGACACGCCUGUGCAGAGACAGCUGUGAGCACACAAGACGACGGCCAUCUGCCAGCCACGGAGAGAGGCCGCGGAAGACGCCAAACCUGCAGACACCUGGACCUCAGACUUCUGGCCUUUGGAAUUGUGAGAAAAUAAAUUUCUACUUUUUUAAGCCA